GCGCCCCGGCUUCGGGCCUCGUCGGCCACUGCAGUUUCGGUUGUGCCUGGGCCCUCCGUUCCCUCUCACACUUAGCCGCACCGCCCACCGUGUGUGAGGAUGUGGCGGCGUCUCAGACCCUUCCCCACGCGCUUCCGCCCGUAUCUGGCUAAUACAGUUGAAGAAGAUGAAGAAGAAUCCAAAUAUGAAAUUUUUCCAUGGGCUUUAGGGAAAAACUGGAGAAAAUUGUUCCCUGAUUUCUUAAAGUUAAGGGACCAACUCUGGGAUAGAAUUGACUACAGGGCUAUUGUAAGCAGGCGAUGCUGUGAGGAGGUUAUGGCCAUUGCUCCAACCCAUUAUAUAUGGCAACGAGAACGCUCUGUGCAUCACAGUGGAGCUGUCAGAAACUACAACAGAGCUGGAGUUCAACUGCCCCGGGGACCUAGUGGCACACCGGUAGAUUGUUCACUCUGUGGUAAAAAAGGAAGAUACGUUAGACUGGGACUGUCUUCAUCAUCAUCUUCAUCCAGUGACACUGUAGAGGCAAUGGGAAAACAUUCUCAGGAAUCACAUAACUCAUUCUCAAUGGAUAUAAUAGUUGAUCCUCCUGAAGCAUAUAGCAAUUCUCAAGCCAUUGACCAUCAAUCAAACAAAGAAAAGAAAACCAAUUUCAUGAAGAAAGACAAAUCUAUGGAGUGGUUUACAGGAACUGAAGAAUGAGGUAGCUCAACUAAACCAACU